CCCCGCCAGACCGCUGAGGGAAGGAGCACACGGGGCCAAAUUCAAGAACAAUGUAAGAAACUGAAAGAGUUAAGCCAACAGACCCCCGCCGGAUCCCAGUGGACGUUGCACUUCUCUUCAUUCUCAGCAGUGUUUUGUUUCGGACAAGGUAUACGUCAUGGUUCUGCCUGAGCGCCUCUGCGCGGCGCGCCGCAGGACUUUACGCGCGGCCGUCUGGGCACUGCUGCUUUGCGCGCGGGCCGGGUUCGGCUUCUCGGUGGCCGGACAACAGGAGAGCACCUGCGAGGCCAACGGCAGCAUCUACUACGUCGGGGAGUGGUACUUCCUGGACUCGGACCACUGCACCCAGUGCGAGUGCACCGCCGAGGGCUCCGCGUGUGCCCGCACCGAGUGCACCUCUCUGCCGGCCGCGUGCAUCCAUGUGAGCCACUACCCCACCGACUGCUGCCCCAGGUGCGAGAAGAUCGGCUGCGAGUACCGGGGGGUGGUGUACGAGCUGGGGCAGGACUUCCAGCCGUCAGAAUGUGAGCAGUGCACUUGCGACAGUGACGGCAUCGCCCGCUGCCUGGUUGCGGAUUGUGCCCCUCCACCAUGUGUCAACCCCGUCUAUGAGCCGGGGAAAUGCUGCCCCGAAUGCAAGGAGGGUCCCAACUGCUACGUCGACGGCUCGCGCGGCCAGGUGAUUCCUGCGGGCGAGCCCGUCUGGGUCGACCCCUGCACCAAGUGUCGCUGCCACGACGGCCAGGACGCCGGCUACUGGGAGGGAAACCGCCUCGCCACCUGCUCCCGCCUCAAAAACUGUACACCACCCGAACCACCGUCCACCCGGCAAAACUGAUCCUCCCCCGAUCCAACCAAAGACUUGGCUGUUCCACAAUGGACAAUAACACCGGUGAGACCCCACGAAUGUGUCACUUUCGUGGACAUUGUUGGAUCAUAAUCUUUUCACAUUUGAAAUUCGAGGCCGGAGGUCAAAGCAUCAAUGUCAACAAAGCAGCAUUAUCUAAAAUUAUGCUCCUGUGGUGUUGUUGUUAUUUCACUUUGUGCUUCCAUGGUGCAUAUUGCUAAAAUACCGUUGCGUAUUAAUUUGUUGCCACAAACCAACUGACAGUAAGUUAAUGAAGGAAUCAAUAGGGGACCAACAGAAAUUUGCUUCACAUCGCGGCCCCCCGACAGGUUCAUCGUGCCAUGACAAAGUUAUGUAAAAGACGAACAGAUACAAUUACCUCUUUUUGCAAGUAAAGAAGAUGAAUUGUAAGCUCUUGAAAACAAAAGUAAACAGUGACACCAGAUGCAGGAUGACAGGAAUACAAAAGUUGAGGCGCUGAGUUGUACAAAAAUGAUUUACUGAGAUCUCAAACACCAGUAACGCUUGUUCACAACAUCUGUGCUUCUACAGAAAAAUUCCAUAGUUAAUCUAAUCUGAUAGGAGCAAGAAAUACAACUUUAUAUUUGAAAGCUCCAGAUAGUUGCUUUUUUGAAUAUUUGAUCUGCCUUCCGACGGUUACUUCAAAAAGGUAGACUGCAGAGGAUUAAUAUGAUUUUAGAUUUUUAGAGAGUAGUGCGCUUUUGUUCAGCUCAGACGAUGUUUCUUUUUUCAAUUGCCAAACAGACUUACUAUAGUAAACUAUAUCCAUUCAACAAAGCCAAUGAGAUUAUUGGAUGAUAAGGAAUUGUAAUUGACCUGUCACGGUUUUGAUGCGGCGCCAAAAUUUAUGCGCAGCUGUGAUGUGAUUUAGACGAGCAAACGGCUUUAGCGAAGCAAUAAACAAUUUGAAACUGUUCCAUAAAUUUCAAAAGUUCAAUUUCCACGUUAAUUGAAUCAUAAUGAAUGAGACUAUGGCCACAGACAUUAUAAGAGACCUUGCUGCGGCCUAACGUUACUGUACAGUCGUUGUAGACUCGGGCACAGUUGUAAACAGGGGUUCGUUUAAUGGACCCGUAUUUGUGCACGUAAACUGUAGAGCAGGAAAAACAAACAUGUAAUUUACGGCUUUAUUAGUUUCACAUGAAAACGUGUGUAUCUUUAUUCAUAGAAACAUUGUUACUAUAGUGUAAAAUGAUCACUUUGCUGUGUUCAGAAUCAAAGUGUAUGAUGAAAUGUAGCAUGAAAUAUAUUGUUAUUUUAUAGUUUUAUACGCAGCCGAUCUUUCUACAGUCAUUCUUCUUUUUACCACCUAUCACUUUAAUCACGAGGGAUCUUUGAGUGAAAACCCCCAAAACAUCUUGUUACAUGUUUACAUGCAGUGUCGGAGCCUAUCAGGGAGUUAACUUUAUAUCAAAGAGUCACCGCAAGUGCUUGUGCAUGAAUCCUAUAUUUUAUACAGUACAAGUGUCACAACUGACAAGUGUCGCAGCCCAAAACCUCCACGAGAAGCUUUUUUUCAUGUAAGGUUUCGGAAUCAAGUCGACACUUUUAGGGCUCUUGAAUGUCUUUUGAAUCACUUUGUGAAGCACGUCACCGGGUCUGAACUGUGUAAGAAUAAUGAACGACUGAAACGUGGAAUCUUAACUCGCGCGUUAUCAGAGAGAACGACGGUUGAAGGAACAGUCAGACGUUUUGGAAAAUACACGUCUCUGCAUCCUUCAAUGACAAGAUCAACGUCACUUACUUUGAUGCGCAGCUGACAGACUCUACUUUCAUAUCUAGUGUGCAGACAUGAGAGUGGAAGCCAGCGUUUUAUUCCCAUGAUGUUGAACCUUUUCUUUAAGUGCAGUUUUCAAUUCACUGCCUGAAACCAAAGGGAACUGAUAUCAGACCCCCCCCCCCCCACCAUGUAAUGUGUCAUGCUGGUUAUAAACUGCCUCUAGAAAACAUGUUGUGAAAUAUUUCAAAUUAAAACACCCUUUUGUAUCUA